AUGGAACAUCAUGUGUCUUGUGAUGUGAAAUUGUGUGGGUCUUCAGAGAUUCAAAUGGCUUCUGUGAAUCCACAAAUGGGAAAAGCUGUUGAUGACUGGGAAACAUUGCCAAAGGAAAAAGUUACUUAUAAAGUACAGGAGGCAGUGAAAACAAACCUGGAAAAUGGAUUUAAUUUCUUGUUCCUUAAAUGUGGGAACAUUUAUCAAGCCUUGAGUUUUCCUCCCAUCUUUAAGGAAAAAGAAAAUGCUGAAGGCAGAAGUGCUAUAAAUGUAAAUAUUAUUAUGUUGGACUCUAUCUCAAGAUCACACUUCUAUCGAACUAUGCGAAAAGCCACAGAAGCUUUGAAGAAGAUUAGUGAAGAUCCUAAAAUCAAGUCCACAUAUUUGGACUUUGAACUUGUUCAAAGCAUUGGUCAACAGACUUUUGAAAACUUGAGACCAUUCUUCAGCGGUGUUCUGAAAGGUGUGUUUGCAAAAUGUUUCACUGUUUAUAAUUUAUUAGUGAUUGCUUGUUUACAGUUUGCUUGGUGAAAAAGUUUGCCAUAAGUGAAAAAGGUUCGAGUAGUAAGGGCCAAUUAAAAGGAGUUUGUCAACAUAAGUCACCAUUAAAUUUAAAUAUUCUGGACUAACAUUAUUUGUGGAUCAUGAGUUCUGAUCAUCUGAUGAAAGGUAGAAGUCUUGAAAAGAAUCAACUGUUGCUCAAAGCUACUAUUUCAACAACCUUAGUAGAAGUUAUCAUCAAAGUCAGAUGACUCAAUGAUUAUGUCUGCUCAGGUUCUCAAAAUAUCUUCAACUCCCUGCUAUCAACAACAGUCCUUUUUCAGAACCCUCUUACCCAGACUUAUAAACCACAUGACCAGUGCUAUUGAAAAUUAUACUCGGUUUCUUACUUGUCUUAAACCUGAUUAAAGUCGACCACAGGUAAAUUAGGAUUGCCACUACUGCUGCUACUGCUAGUGCUACUGCUGCUGUUGCUACCAAUAUUAAUACCAAGAUUAAUUUUUUUGGUAAAUUUAUCAGAUGACAAUGAAGUCAGUGUCUCUGCAAGCAAUAAAAAUGCUCCUUUGGGUGUGGAAGUGCUAUAUGGGGCUGUAAAAAGUGGGGCUAUCAGACACUCUUUCAAGAGGACCUUUGCUGGUAUGAUAUAUGGGGAAGUGCAUUAA